CCCAUAUUUUAGUAAAUUAAUAAAUAAACUUCUCGGUUCCCAAGUUAGCCCCUAAAUUCCUCGAAUUUCCUUGAUCCCCACAAAUAUUGCCCUUCUCUUUGCUUUCUAUAUCCAUCAUCACCACCACCACCAACAUUUCUAUCUUUAUUUUCUUUCCCUUUAAAUAAAAAGGAAGAAAGAAAGAAAUGUUGUGCAGAAUGGUGAUGUUGAACCGGAAAAAGAAAACAGGGACAGUUCCGGUUUACUUAAAUGUUUAUGAUUUGACAACUGUUAAUGGUUACGCUUACUGGGUUGGUCUCGGGGUCUAUCAUUCUGGUGUACAAGUUCACGGUGUUGAAUAUAGUUUUGGAGCACAUGAUCAUGAGACAACGGGGAUUUUUGAGGUUGAGCCGAAGCAAUGCCCGGGAUUUAUGUUUAGGAAAUCUAUAUUGAUUGGAAGAACCGAUUUGGGUCCUAAAGAAGUUCGGGCCUUCAUGGAGAAAUUAGCUCAGGAGUAUCCUGGGAAUACUUACCAUCUUAUUACUAAGAACUGCAAUCACUUCUGUAAUGAUGUGUGUUUCAAGCUGACUGGGAAAACAAUUCCACAAUGGGUUAAUCGUCUUGCUCGUUUAGGUUUUCUUUGCAAUUGUGUUCUUCCAGCAGAGUUGAAUCAAACAAAAAUUCGCCAAGUUAGAUCAGAAGAAAGUGCACGAGAGGGAGAGAAGAAGAAAUUGAGGAGCCGGUCGACUAGGUUCAUUUCUUCUUCUAACCCUGUAAAUACUUCCCCUUCAUUGACAUCUUACCCUUCAAGUUCUGAAAGCAGAAGUGGUAGACAGAAACGAUCCAUUCCUGUGUCUCCAAGAUCUUUUGUUCACGAUGAAUCUUCAUCAUCGACAUGGAGCUUGAAGGCUUAAUGAAGGCGUUAGGUUUUGAAACUUUCUAGGGUUUUAGAAUUUAAAGAAGUCAACUACAGAUGGGCAAAACUGCAAAACUUGUAUUCUGCCCCAUUUUAUCUGGUUCCAGUGGUUGCAGAAACAUCUGCUUCAAAGUUGCUGCAGUGUCUCUGUUUUCUGUAAAGAUUUCUGUUUUUAACGAAUGGAAGUCAUGUGAUUUUCUGUAAAA